GUGUCAUUAGUCGACAUAUAUCAAUACUCUAGUCCAUGACAAUGAUGGAUUGUAUGAGAAAAGCUGGAUUGACAGCAAUGUGGAGUUUUCAGUCGUCCCCAGUGCUACAUGUCAUACGUUUUCCUUGUCGUGUUUGUAAUAAAACCACAAACCAUCCCCAGCAGUUUUUUUGUUCGCAAUACACUAGUUUUUGCCCUCGAAAAGUUCUCAGGUUGAAACUUGAAAGGGGACAUAGCGUUCGGUGUGUCACUAGAACGUUCACUUGUAAUGUUAAAACAGAAAGCGUUCCUGACUUGGAAGAACAAUCUUAUGAGAUUGUUGAAGAGAAGCGGUUGCCUGGUUCCAAGUUGUGUAUUCACGUACGAGUGAGCGGGUUUCGAACUAAACAAUGCUUUGAAAGUCAACUAUCGGAGUAUUCAAAGACAGCAAUAGUACCUGGAUUCCGUAAAGGAAAAGUUCCUAGACCUGUGUUGAUCAAUCAAGUGGGUUCGACAGUAGCGUCCAAGGCUUGUAGAGAGUUGAUACAAGAAACAGUGAGGCAAGUACUUACAAAAGAAAGUUAUACACCUCUUAGCAAAGCAACUUUGAGUGAUAAUGAGGAGGAGAUUGUGAAUACUUUCGAGCCUGGUCGUCCGUUCUCUUUUCAGUUUGUCUUUGAAACGUACCCUCUUGUCAACUUCAAAGAUGACUACAAGGGUUUGCACUUAAAGGUAAAUCGAGAAGUUUUUCAGUCAAGUAUGGUCGAGAAUACACUUUUAGAGCUACAAGAGAGAAACGCCAACUGGGUGACUGUUUCAGAUGAAACUGUUGCUGGCCAUAAUCAUACCGUAGUUGUUGAUAUCAAAGCUUGGUAUGCCAAUCCCGAUGGUACGAAAGGUGCAUCUCUUUCGCACUUGGUAUCCGAUUCAGAAGCUGAAGUGGAUAUGGAACGAGGAAAUUAUAUGGAAGGUUUAAAGGAAGGACUUAUAGGGGCUCAUGUUGGAGAGACCGUUAGUAUUCCAUUAAAAUUUCCGGACAAUGCCAAACGUCAAGACUUGAGAGGAAUAUCAGCUAUUUUUGAUAUCUCGAUAAAAGAAUUGAAGCGAAAGGAAUUGCCUCCUCUGGAUGAUUCAUUGGUAAAGAAUCACACCCAUUAUUCUUCCUCACAGGAGCUUCGCGAUGCAAUAACGAAGCAGUUGGGAGUAGAAAUACACAAAGUGAAUGAUAGUCAUUUGGAAAGAGCUUUGGAAGAUUCCUUAGCAGAAAUAGUAGAAUUGGAAAUACCGCAACAAGUGGCAGAAGAACACUCGCAACGGAAAUUUGCCAAUCUUCUGACGGAAAUGAAGGAGCAAGGAGUGGGUGAAGAAACGAUGAAUAAGUCAUUGACUCAAGAAACUUAUCAAAAAUAUAAACAGGAGACUUGGACAGCCACUUUGAAAGAAUUGAAAGUUUGGUUUGCAUUGCAAGAAAUUGCAAGGAGAGAACAACUAGUGCCGAAUAAUGAAGAAGUUGCUCAGGAGUUGAAGAAAGUUGAGGAAGAGAUGAAUGAAAAAGAAGUGGACUGGGCAGCUACCGAGGAAAGAAUCCAAACCGACUUGAAACAUUCGAAAACCAUAGAUUUCCUGAAAGAUCAUGCUCGAAUAGAAUAUAUUUCGAAUGAAAAUAUAUAAAACAACUUGCCAUUACUUCCCACUUUUUGGUGAGGCUUCUUUACACGGAUUGUC